AGAGCUGACCAAUCAGAGUGCUCGGUGGGCUGUUCUCCUCCAUCUGCUCGGCCUUUAUAAAGUGAAGGGUCCUGCGGUGGGAGAAGGUUUUGUUCUGCUUUUUGGGAACAACAAACAUCACAAUGUUUACAGCCAUGCUGCCUGUAGCCUUGUUGACGGUGUAUCUGGGUCUGGUUCUGGCGGCCCCGGCUCUGGACCCUCAGCUGGAUGAGCACUGGCACCAGUGGAAGAGCUGGCACCAGAGGAAGUACCACGAGAAGGAGGAGGGCUGGAGGAGGAUGGUGUGGGAGAAGAACCUGAAGAAGAUCCAGCUGCACAACCUGGAGCACUCCAUGGGGGGUCACACAUACCGCCUGGGCAUGAACCACUUUGGAGACAUGACUCAUGAGGAGUUCAAGCAGGUGAUGAACGGCUACAAACGCAAAGACCCCCAGAGCAAGACCCUCAGGGGGUCCCUGUUCCUGGAGCCCAACUUCCUGGAGGCCCCCCAUACCCUGGACUGGAGGCAGAAGGGCUACGUCACCCCCGUCAAAGACCAGGGUCAGUGUGGUUCCUGCUGGGCCUUCAGCACCACUGGGGCUCUGGAGGGUCAGGGCUUCAGGAAGACCGGUAAGCUGGUCUCCCUGAGCGAGCAGAACCUGGUAGACUGCUCCAGACCCGAGGGCAACGAGGGCUGCAACGGGGGUCUGAUGGACCAGGCCUUCCAGUACGUCAAGGACAACCAGGGUCUGGACUCUGAGGACUCCUACCCCUACCUGGGCACGGAUGACCAGCCGUGUCACUACGACCCUAAGUUCAACGCGGCCAACAACACAGGCUUCGUGGACGUGCCAAGUGGCAGUGAACACGCUCUGAUGAAAGCUGUAGCUGCUGUGGGCCCCGUGUCUGUGGCCAUCGAUGCUGGACACGAGUCCUUCCAGUUCUACCAGUCAGGAAUCUACUACGAGCCCGAGUGCAGCAGCGAGGAGCUGGACCACGGCGUGCUGGUGGUGGGCUACGGAUACCAGGGUCAGGACAUGGACGGCAAGAAAUACUGGAUCGUGAAGAACAGCUGGAGUGAGAAGUGGGGGGAUAAAGGCUACAUCUACAUGGCCAAAGACAGAAAGAACCACUGCGGCAUCGCCACAGCUGCCAGCUACCCUCUGGUCUGAGACCCCCUGAGACCCCCUGCAGGAGGAGGAGCAGGAGUUCUGCACAGUCUGGAUCAGAACCAGUCAGGUUUUAGGGAAAUGUUUUUGUUUGAGCUGAUUUUAUGGAGCUUUUUCUAAUUGUAGAGUUCUCAGUGUAAAUAUGUUGAUGCUGCUCGCUGACUCAGCACUGAGUCCAUGGAAAUGAUUUUUUAUUUGGACUUUUACUGUGAUUUAAUAAAAGUUGUAAAACACUAAA